GAGGUGGGGGGCAGUGAAUGAAUUUGGCGUUUAUUUCCUCAAACUUGUAAGGAAAGUGAAAGUGUAAAGAUAAGAAAUAUAACUUUAAAAUAAAAAAGUCUUUGGCUGUAAUCAUUCGUCAUGCCUCUGAUACAGAUUUCCAGCCUUAGAUAUAAAUAUUUCAGGAUCGAGACACUUUCAUCUUUCUCUGCCUUGCAAGAAGGGAAGAUUGGAAACAAUCUUCCUUAAAGCUGGAGUGCAAUGGCGCAAUCUCAGCUCACUACAACCUCUGCCUCCUGGAUUCAAGUGAUUCUCCUGCCUCAGCCUCCUGGGUAGCUGGGAUUACAGGUGCCUGCCACCACACCCAGCCCCAGACCUGGGCAAUUUCACUUGGACAACAAGCUGUGGAGCCAUGCUAGGUGCUGCUGAUUUUGGUCUUCUGAGCUACAAUAAUUUUUUGGAACGGCAGAAAUGAUUGGUUCUGGCAACAGAUGGGAAUUUGGAGUCACUCUGAAAUAUAUCCUGGAAUAAUUGUGUUUGACUAGAACCAAAUCUUAUGAGGUCCCCAAGGAUGAGAGUCUGUGCUAAGUCAGUGUUGCUGUCGCACUGGCUCUUUCUAGCCUACGUGUUAAUGGUGUGCUGUAAGCUGAUGUCCGCCUCAAGCCAGCACCUCCGGGGACAUGCAGGUCACCACCAAAUCAAGCAAGGGACCUGUGAGGUGGUCGCCGUGCACAGGUGCUGCAAUAAGAACCGCAUAGAAGAGCGGUCACAAACAGUCAAGUGCUCUUGCUUCCCGGGACAGGUGGCCGGCACAACUCGGGCUCAACCUUCUUGUGUUGAAGCUUCCAUUGUGAUUCAGAAAUGGUGGUGUCACAUGAAUCCGUGUUUGGAAGGAGAGGACUGUAAAGUGCUGCCAGAUUACUCAGGUUGGUCCUGUAGCAGUGGCAAUAAAGUCAAAACUACGAAGGUAACACGGUAGCGAAGAGAGAGGUGUGCUUCAAUCCUGGAGGGGCAGCAGGAUGCGGAGUGCUUUUGCUUGGAUUCCCAUCCUGGCCCCUUUGCAGAAAAUUGUCUAGGAUUUCAGCAACUUCAUAUUUGUAUAUGUGAGCUGUGAGAGGUGGCAUUCACUUAACUGGCCCAGCCCUCUCUGCUUCGUGAUUUUAUUUCAUUGAAUUAUAACCACAAGCCACCACACAUUUGACAUCCUAUCUGGAUUCCCAAGGAGCAUACCUCCAAAAUCCGAGAAGAGCAAAUCAGAGUCUUCAAAAUGGAUCACCACUAAGGGCAUGUUCAUUCUUCACUUUCUUUCUGCUUUUACAAAAGAACUUGGAUGUAUGUUCCAAAGGGUCCUCAUUCUGUUCCUCUUUUGAACUUUUCCUUUUGCCCUUGUAUUAAAGUGGUUUUAAAGGGGUCUAAAAAGAUUUUGGCAAAACAUAUUUGCAGAUGUAGAUCAACGGCAAAGAAAAUUACUGCUAGAGAUCAACUGAUUAACUGGUAAAGAACGUUUAUUUUAUAACCCUUGAAGAACAGAAGGACAUAGUUGGAUUAUUGUGUGUGCAUUGUAUUUUUACUUUUUUUUGCUUUCCAUUGUCCAGUUAGCAGAGAUAAAAUGAGAGCAUUUUAACUUCAAUGUACCAUUUUACUGAGUGCUAAGGAAGCAUAUCAAUUCCAAUAUUUUAUAACCAAAGCUCUAUCAGAACAUAUUUAUAAAACUUGCUGGAAUUUUUAUGGCUUUUGUGUAGUCAUGUAGGUAAAUCAUUUAAAAUAUAAAACAAACAAUUUAGAUCAAGGGUUAUUUCUUAGAUCAAAUUUAUGCCAAUUAUAUGAAAAUAUGUUAACUCCUAGACAGGAGUCUUUCAGUGCUGAAUUUUUAGACUGUAAAUGAGUUCUUCUUAACUUAGCUGUUUCCCUACAUCUGUGUUAGCCAUCUUAUUUCUUUAAAAUCUGAGUCCUGAUUGGCUUAAUGAUGUUGCAGCAGACAUGUCUCCACAUAUUCUCAAAUGCUGUCAGGCGGAAACGUAUGAAACAGAUGAAGAAUGACUGACCCAGAUUUUAAAUGUAUAAUGUUAUUAAAGUACAUACUACUGUAAAAAUAUGGGAUGAAUUUUAUAUAUUAAGAAAUGCCAAAAUCAUAGUUUCUGCACCAAGUUAAUUAUCCCUGUCCUUUCACAUUUAUUGGGGGAAAAUAAAUCAAUACUUUAAUGUUGUUUAUAGCCUAAAAGUUAUUUGAUUUUAUUCUUGCAUAUGGAAUGGAAAGAUUUAUUGGCUAAAUUUUUGAAUUUGACUAGAUGCUUACUAAAUUUGUUAUGAUCGUAUGAAUAAGUAAAAAAAUUCAUCC